AUGGCAGGGGCAGAUUUCGAUAGAGCAGCGUAUGUUGAAUUUACGGACCAGUCGUCAGUAAUCAUGGUUCAACACUCAAACUCUGCCAUAGUCAAACCUGCAAAUAAUCUAAUCAAUGUGGAUGAGAUAGUGAAGCGUACGGGUUCUGAUUCUGGUAUCGGACCCGUCGCCACAGCCGCAGUAGGUCACGUUCUCGGAGUCCUCGUUCCAGAUCAGAAAGGAGAGACCGAGGAAAAUCCCGGGAUCGGCGUCGUUCACGCUCGAGACGUCGAAAGUCGCGCUCUCGAACUCGUUCUAGAUCAAAAUCCCGCACAAGAAAGCGACAUUCUCGUUCCCGUAGUCAUCGAAGGGAUAGGGAAAGGGUUCGCUCCAGGUAUGCUUAUCUUUCUUUGUUUUAAUCCCCAUCCUGGUUUCAGAUCUCGUGGGCACAAACGGUCUCGUCGUUCCCGCUCCAAAUCGGCCAGAAGAAAAUCAAGAUCUCGUUCAAAAGCUAAUCACCGAAGUGAUAGACGGGAUAAAGAAAAAGAACGAGCUGUCGAAAGACCUAUUAAAGAUAAAGACAGAGAUAGAGGCAAAGAUCGGGACAAAGAGCGUGAUAAGCGUGACCAGGACAAAGACAGGGAAAAAGAUAAGGGAAAGAGAGAGAAAGACCGUGAUCGUGAUCGUGAUCGUGACAAGGAACGUGACCGAGGGAGGGAGAAAGAUGAUAAAAAAAAUAAAUCCAGUUCACGUCAGCGAUCAGAUAAAGAAUCUAGCAGCAGAAAGUCAGCCUCCUCAACCGAUAAGAGUAAAGCAAAGAAUGACGAACCUUCAACUGAGAUACAAAGACCUAAAAAAGAGGAUAAAGACAAAAUCAAGGUUGUUGUUGUUGUUUCAAAUCAGGCUAUCGACCAAGAUUAUCAUUCUGUCACCAAAAUCGACGAUCAAAAUAGUCCUACUAGUGAGAGCGAGACCAACUCCUGUAAUGCAGAUGGAGAAAUCUCCUUUGAUGCAGAUAUUUCUCACCUUCAAAUCCUCAAAGAUGAAGAUAAAAUUGAACCUGAUGGUCAUUCCAACCACUCUGGUUCUAAUGGAGAGUCCAAACGCUUGGUAGUUGGUGUCAAGCUUGCUGGUCCGGAGGAUAUGGAUAUAGUCUCCCCCAAACGUCCCCAAAAUGAUGUUUCCAGUGAUACUCUUAACGGCACUGAACAUUUCCAGGGCAGCUCUUCUUCCGAAGAAAUAGAAAAUUAG